UAUAUAUAUAUAUAUAUAUAUAUAUAUAUAUAUAUGUGUGUGUAUGUAUGUGUGUGCAUGUAUAUGUGUGUAUAUAUGUAUACACAUACAAUAUAUGUAUGCUGAAUGUCCCCCAACAGUGUAUUGUACAUAGUGUAUGUAAAAGAUUAAAAUAACUUCUUAUUACUCUGGAAGCUUAGUGGUGACUGGCAUUUUUUUGUGUUUUGAUCUGGCUUCAAAUUGAAUGCAGUAUAUGACUUAUGAAUGGAUAAUCCUAAAAUUUGACUUUAUCAUUAAAUAUGUGCAAAAUUAAUUUGGCUGUGAAUUUGCAAACGUUGCGGGAGGGGGGGGGUGUUGGGGGGAAUAACUGCAACAUUUUGGUGAAUCGGUCCCGGACAUUUGAUAGAAGACAUUAAACCUGUCUUGUCAAUCUCCACAUUAUGAUGUUGCAGCAUCGUCGAUAUUAACCCUUUCAUGUCACGCUGUCCACUGUAGUCACCGCUGUCCCUGAAAGCGUUAAAGGCACUCCUGAGUGACUCUUUUCAUCUGACUUUCCUGCAUUCUCUUCUUUUAUAGUGAUGGAGGCUUAGGUCUAAUUUGGCGACCACCAAAGCGUGUGUGGGUGUGCGUCUACACGUUUAGUAUAUGUGACAGAAGAUAAGAUGGCACACAGUUGAAGCGCCAUCAAUCAGUACUGCCUGUUUGCAAAGGGAAAUGCCACACAGGAGGACAGCGGGAGCAGUGGCCACAAAUUAAUUGGGCAGCUUUAUUACCUCUGUCAAGGUGGUUCUGUUUUGUCGACUUACAUUUGGUUGACUCAUUUGUAUGAAUCAGAAAAAAACUUAUGGAUGUUAGCUUGAUGUUUGUCCCACUAGGUUUGGGAAAACAUGAAGAAAUGAACUUGAUUAAAUGCACUUCAAUCAAUGAAUCAAAUAUUUACUGUCCUACUCCGAUCAUCAACCCCAUCUGCUGGAUGAAAAUAAUUAGCCCAACCUUGGGUAAAAAUAAUAAUAGUGUUCAAUCAGCCCGCCAUGCAUGUUUUUGGAAGUUGGGAGGAAACUGGAGUACCUGGAGAAAACCCACGCAGGCCCGGGGAGAACAUGCCAACUCCACACAGGGAGGCCAGAGCUAGAAUCAAACCUGGUGCCUCGGCACUGUGAGGUCAACGUGCUAACCACGGGCCGCCAAUAGCUAAACAGUUAUGUCAAAAAUAACCCAAUAUGUGUCAAAAAGGGACCAAGACAAAAUUUUGGGUGACACAUUGAACCCAAAAAGAACGCACAAAACAACUCAAUCUUUUGGCUUGUGCAAAACAACGAUUUGACCCAACUUCACAAUAGCCUCAAAUUAGAUGGAAUGAGGUUAUUCAUCUGCGAGAUAGUAGUUUUAUGAUCGCAAAUCUGGUAAUCCCGUGGCCUUGUAAAUGUGACAUACCAACACGCCCAACUAUUACCGAGCUGAGGCACAUAUUUUACAUCAGAAAAAGGUUACAGCACACCACUUGAGGAAAAAUGUCACCAAAAAUAUGGAUACUGAAAUAAUGAUUUCGUCCCAAUGUACUCACCAAUGGAUUACAUAGAUUUAAUCAAACACAAAACUCUUAUUAUUAUACAGUACAUAUUUGAUUAUUCUGGACCAUUUAAAUAGAAUAGUGAUAUUUCCGACGCCACGCACUGGAUUAAGGAAUACCCUUCAAGUUCAACAAUAUAACUACUUGACAUUGGCGGCAGGGGGGCUAGUUCAUAUCGGACAAUUCAGCACCCAUCAUCCAGAUUAAAACAUACAUCGAGCAUCACCACCGCCCAGUGCGUCUGAAAUAAUUAAUUCCCUGUUAAGCACACGCACGCUCACUCACUCACACACACGCACACACACAUACACACAUACACACUUACACACAGACGAAACAUCUGUCAGUUCUUAUCUGCCACGGCCAUGUCAGUGCUCCCCCCCUUGUGAGGACAAAAGCAAUGCUGGUGUUUUACGGUCCACACGUCACCACGCCGCCUUGGCCUCCAUCAUGUUCAAACACCACACGGGAGAUAACCAGGUCUCCUCUGACGUCUCCUGUCUUUUCAAUCGCUGGCACUGAAAGAAACACGGUCGUGGGAAGUUUCAAAGUAGGUAGGUAGUUCUCAGCUAAAAUACAUUUUCUACUUGUUACCCACAUUCGUACAUUUCAGAGUCUGUAAUUUUUUACCUUAAUCCAGGUGUUGAAUCUCUACUUCAUGGUCUAUUUUAAAAUUGUUUUAUUUUAUUUUUUACCACAGGUAAGUAUCAGUUCUUUGAUUUCAGUCGAGUGAAUAUUUUUGCCUGCAUGCUGUGGUACAUCAUGUGGUCAUAUCUCCAUCUGCUGUCAAUAAUCCAUUUAUGAAACUGUAUGUAUCCAGUCAGUGUGUUCCAAAAUAUGAAGCAUAUCCUGUUUUCGUAUUUUUUUUUUCAAUAUAGUCAACAGUUUUCUUAAAACAAACAUCAAUUAACCUCUUGACAUUUUUUUCCAAUGGAACCACUCUUCAGCUAUUUGCUGGAAUCACAUUUUUGUGCACUUUUUGAAAUGCCUCAUGAUACCACAAGAUGGUGCCAAAGUCUCACCAAAAUAGGAAAGUAGCACAGUAAUUGGUCCGCGGAAACAUGUUGAAGUGAUAUAUCUCGGUGAAGAGAAACUCUUCGGCGGUUGGGGUGUAGGUAAGUUUAGCCUGGGUUGUUAUGGGGGAGUUGCAUGAGUUUGAAAAGAUGAUUUAAUUGACUUUCACUUCACCCAGGUUCAUCUUUCCAGCCUACCCAAAUCCAAUAUUCAACCCAAUCUGGUGGAUCAACAUAAUCAACCCAAAUUUGGGUAACAGUAAACCGAUUUGAUCAAAAUCCUCAGAUAUUCCGCUAGUGGGAUAGCGGGGGAAAAAAUCUGCAUAUUCACAUGUGCAAUCCUGAAUUUUAAUUUUGUUUCCGACUGGACGGUCAGUCAAAACGCAGCUUGAUGCGAAACCGGCUUGGUGGGGACCGCUGUUUAAUCCCCCACACACUCACACCCUCCUCCAUCCUCCACCUCCUUCAACUCUCACGCUCUGUGAUUCAGGGGGGGUCUGCAUGCUCACUGUCCCGAAACAUGAUGAACCAGUCGCUCCCUCUCUUGUCCCUCAGCCACAUGCAACCGCAUCAUCAUCAUCAUCAUCAUCAUCUGCAGCACCAGUAGUAACUGUAAAAGAAGAGGAGGAGGAGGAGGAAGACGAUGUGAAAAAAGCAGCAACUCCAUCAAGCAAAAGUUCUCCUUUGACUCCACGCUGAAGACAACUUAAGAAUACGUCGUCUUCUUGCGGUCGGCAGGAUCGUGACGGUGUGGAGCAGCCGCGAUCCUCGCCUCCUCCCUUUUUUUCCCUCCCGUUUCUCCACAUUUUGCCUCCCAAGUCAGCAGGAUUUCCUCAACCUCUCCCGACUGUGUUAUGAACCUCGGCGACGCACUUGACCCCCGCACCUAGAAGACUUCUUGGGCAAAAACAAAAAGGGAUUAACGCGAAACUCUUUCACUCCGCCUUGCAAAUGUCAAAUUCCAAGUGUUUCUUCAUGGCGGGGUCCAACUAAGCCCACAACUAUGGAAGAGGAGCAUGCCCAGAAUGCCACAGGAAACGGCAGUACAAUGGGCAUCCAACUGGUCACGCACAGUCUCUGGGAGGUGGUCACCAUAGCGACCGUGUCAGCCAUCGUCAGCCUCAUCACCAUCGUGGGGAACAUCCUGGUGAUGCUCUCCUUUAAAGUCAACAGCCAACUAAAGACGGUGAACAAUUACUACCUGCUGAGUCUGGCGGCGGCGGACCUCAUCAUCGGCGUCUUCUCCAUGAACCUGUACACCUCCUACAUCCUGAUGGGUUACUGGGCCUUGGGGAACCUGUCCUGUGACCUGUGGUUGGCGGUGGACUAUGUGGCCAGUAACGCCUCGGUCAUGAACCUGCUGGCGAUCAGUUUCGACAGAUACUUCUCGAUCACCAGGCCUCUCACCUACAGAGCCAAACGGACUCCCAAGCGGGCAGGCGUCAUGAUCGGUUUGGCCUGGCUGGUGUCUCUUGUUUUGUGGGCACCGCCUAUCCUGUGCUGGCAAUACUUUGUGGGCAAAAGAACCGUCCCUGAAAGACAAUGCCAGAUUCAGUUUUUCUCAGAACCCAUUAUAACGUUUGGAACAGCGAUUGCGGCGUUUUAUAUCCCCGUGUCAGUCAUGACCAUGCUCUACUGCCGGAUCUACAAAGAGACAGAAAGAAGGACCAAGGAUUUAGCGGAGCUUCAGGGAAUGAACCAGGCCGCACAACCCGACGUCACCCAGCCUCGGAUUAUCCGGUCGUGUUUUCGCUGUAAACUGAAGUCGCCGUCACGAGACCGCGCGACAGCCUCAUGGUCAUCCUCAUGCAGGAGCCACGUUGCCAAAUCCAUCGCCUCCACCAACGUGGAGUGUUCCAAAGCGGGUCACCCGACCACCUACAACAGCUACGCGUCCUCAGAAGACGAAGACAGGUCCGCCGCGUCCCCCGGGGCCUUGCAGCUCCCCUUCGGGAAGCAAGUUUGCGAGGGCAGCAAGAGCGCAGCGGGGAGCGAGAGCGAACAGCUCAGCAGUUACGACGAAGACAGCUUCUUCCAAACGCCACCCAAAAACAACUCCCGGAGGAGUAGCAAGCGCGCGUCGUACAAGUUCAAGCCGGCGGCCGGAGACACCCUGGCUCCGCACCAGAGCGAAAACGGCGACACCAAAACCGCCUUCUCCUCGGCAGAGUCGGUUAGCCCUCCCGCCGCCUCUUCUCCGUCCAAGGAUGUCACGCUGAAGAACCAGAUAACAAAGAGGAAGCGGAUGGUGCUGAUCAAAGAGAGGAAGGCGGCUCAGACCCUCAGCGCCAUCCUCCUGGCCUUCAUCCUAACGUGGACGCCGUAUAACAUCAUGGUGCUCAUUUCCACCUUCUGCUCGGACUGCAUCCCCGUCUCCCUGUGGCACCUCGGCUACUGGCUGUGCUACGUCAACAGCACCGUCAACCCCAUGUGCUACGCCCUCUGCAACAAGACUUUUCAAAAGACCUUCCGCAUGCUUCUACUCUGCCAAUGGAAGAAGAAGCGCAUUGAGGAAAAACUCUGCUGGUACGGACAAAACCCAACGCCGGCCUCCAAACUUACUUGAACUCUUUUUCCACGCUAUUGAAGUUGAUCUUCUAUGACACUUGGCCGCCCCCAAUUAUAGCAAGUUGCGGCGGGACAGUCUCAAAUGCGUAAAGUGUACCCGUAUAGGUCAGAAGGAAAAAGAUAUGCGGUUCAUUCAGAAAAACUGCAGCCAAACGUGUUUGUGGUUCCACAGGUUGUAUUCAAGCAAGCUUAUAAUAGGCCAAAGAACGAAAUAACCAAAACUGUCCAACUCUGGCUGAGAUAAUGGCAGAAAAAGCAGCCGGAUAUAAGCUACUGUCCAAUGGCAACGGUGAACACACACACACACACACACACACAAAAUGUUGUUGUCAGCAUGCUAACUACACACAAAACGGAAAGGUGAAAAUGUUUUCCAAAACGUUUUCAAUAUCAUUUUAGAAAGUCAAACCCCUUUGAUUUCAAAUGCGAAUGCAUUGUGAUUUGAUGAUCAACAAGACAUCCGUGAACAUCAUCUCGGACUGAAAACUUUUUUUGCCUGUUUUCUGAUCAUUCUCAGCCCAACCAAAAACUCAUCAUAAAAAGAUCAAUACAGUAAUCCCCAAAUUGAUCAAAACAAUAUGUCUCAUUUUCCCUCACUACCCAAAGAUGGGACCAGCUCAUUUAAAAAAAAAAAACAAGCACAGGGCGACCAAUAAUUCAAUCGUUUUUUUUUAACGACAUUUACCUUAUGUGAAGUAAUAUUAUUAGUUUUGAUUAUUUGCUAUCUGUGAAAGCAGUGCUUUUCAUGAUAUCAGUCUGUGACACCAAAAAAGCUUGGGUCACUGUUCUAUACUGUGUACAGUGUGUUCAAAUCAUAAGUUUUUAAAAAAAAUAUUUGUCUCUAGCUUUAAAACAAAUGCUGAUACCUGCAUGCAGAAAAUGUAACAAUUGACACACAUUUCACACUGGGCCAUGUUUCUAUUCGAGAUGCAUAUUUUGGAACGCAAAGCUUUCAGUCCUGAUUACUCAUAUGAACCAUUUGAAAUUUGCGACAGUAAAUAUUACGGGAACAUGUUUUGCCACAUUAAUAGGCUGGUCACGCUUCCAAUGCCAAAGGACUGCAAAUUCACUUCAAUCACCCCCUGAUCACAGUGGCAUUUGCCAAUCAUUAUUUUAAUGUCAACAUUUGCAUUUUCCACCUGAAGGCUGCUAAUCGCCACCUCACAGACAUCCACAUUACAACAUUCGAAAACAUUCGCGUUCAGCCGAUAGUAAAUUUUCUUGCUGACUUUUAAGUUAGGGUAAGUUUUCAAAAUGUGAAAUGGCUGCAGGCCUCGCCUACAACUGGUACAUUAUAGCUGUAAUUGUGGCUACAAGAAGGGACUUCGUUUUUUUUUUCUUUUUAUACACAGCAUCAAAUUAAUGUUCCCGCGUUCACAUAAUUUAACUCACGAUUAAAUAAUCCUAGAUUAAAAACAUAUGUUACUGUAACUAAUGUAAAAAGUCUUUAAAAGGUCAGCGUGACGAGAGAAGUAUUUUUCAUACUAGCCGCCAGGGGGAGCUUAUUCCCGCCGCAGUUCUGUCUGAACUGCUGCACUGAUACAAAAAAAAGGAGGGGGCCGGUGGGGGUAAGUUGUUUUUCUGUUUCGUAGUUAGUAUCAGGGAAAUAUCAGAGGCAGGACAGCGUCUGUGUGAAAGGGUACAGCGCGAAACCCGGUUGGGAUGAAAGUCAGUCGAGCUUUUAAUUAUUGUGCUGUUGUUUACAAUCACGAGCAGGUGUGACAGCGUCCUGCUUUGCUGAGCACCAUGAAACCUUAGUGCGCUUCGUCUUCACGAUAUUUAAACUACAGCACUUCCAUAUGCCUUUCUGAAAUAAAGUCAUCAUCAUCAUCAAAUCGCGAUUUCUAAAUAGUUAUUUUACAAAAAAAAACUGUCGCAAAGCCAAUAUUUUUCUCUUUUUGGAAAUAUUUUUUUUUUCAAACCAGGAAGUGAAAUGUGUGCAUUUCAAAUGUUUCGUGAUGUUAUGUACAAGGAAAUCGAAGCUGGGUGCUUUUAAAAUUUGAAUUGUUUUAUUUGUUGCUGGUAUGCUUCUGUAUUUGAGAAACCGUGUUCAUCCUUUUUCAAAUAAAUAUCCAUGUGCUGCAGAUUUUUGGGGGACUUGAUGUCUGAUGCAAAGCUGUUAUACUUUAGUUCCCAUAACCGACUUAGCUUGAGUAUUUAUUUUUACUUUCAAUAUUUGAAAUUAGAUUUCUGUACUUUCUACUUCUCA